AUGUCGUACAGUCAACCUUGUGACACGUUCUUCGUGGAGGAUAAUACUUUCCAACAACCAAAACAACAGCAACCUCGACCAAACUCUCAAGAACAUAUCAAGAUGAUGGGUCGACGGAGACAAGAAGCGAUGGCCAAUGAAUUAUCUAGACAAGCCUGUGAUGCUUACAUGGAUGAUAUAGUUGAUCACAUGGCAUCCAUGGAGGAAGCGACCAUGCCAGACGUUGCCUCGAUAGAAAUUCAACAAGAGAUUCAAUGGUUUAUGCGACCUUAUCUCAUCGACUUCCUGAUCGAAGCUCAUUGUGCCUUCCAACUUCUUCCAGAGACACUCCACCUUACCGUCAAUCUUCUCGACAGAUAUUGUUCGCGCCGAGUAGUCUAUAAGAGGCAUUACCAGUUGGUUGGAUGUGCUGCACUCCUCAUCGCUGCCAAAUAUGGAGAUAAGAAGGAACGGGUGCCCAUGAUUAGAGAACUCAAGUCAAUGUGCUGCUCGUUAUAUGAUGAGGAGAUGUUCACGCAAAUGGAAUGGCACGUGUUAAACACCUUGGAGUGGAUGGUAGGUCACCCUACCGUUGAUAGCUGGCUUCAAUUGGCAUUGUUGGAAGGGCCUGAGUAUGAAGACAUGACCGUUGAGCACAUGUCUUGGUAUAUCUGCGAGAUGGCUUUAUACCACAAAGAAUUUGUCUCGGUCAAACCUUCAGCCAUGGCCCGUGCAUCACUGGCACUUUCUCGAGAUAUUCUUGGAUGUCCCGAGAUGGAUACUUAUGGACAGGUCGAUUCCGAGUUGAUGUUGAGUCUUUCUCGACAGCUCAACCAACCAUCAUCGGUCCUCGCCCGAAAAUAUGCUGCCCCACACCUCUCUAGAGUCUCCGAAGUUCUUCGACGAUUCCUUCUUCAACAAGCAGCUAUGAGCCAAUGUCACGUUACUCCGCCAACUCCCCCUACUGAGCCUGCAGCUGCCCAGAAGCCAAUGCAACAACACGAUGUCUACAGCACACCGCAGAAGGUAUAUGGACAACAUGUUAUCAAUGGGUACCUCACACCACCAAUUACCCCCGAAGGAGAAUAUUUUGUGGCAGGGAAUGGAAAUGAAAUGAAAUCUUAUCAAACCUCAGCACCUAGAUGUCCAAUCACACCGACUCCUCAAGCUCAGAUGCAAUAUGGUCAACAACAAUAUCAGCAACAAUCAUAUCAUCAAGAUACCGUGAUGCAAUAA